GAGCCUGGAGCCAGGACGCAGGGGUGCGCUGUGCUGUGUUCAGGCGGUCGGGACGCGCAACGCACUUUCGUCUUUUCGCGGUGAUCACGGGCCAGCUUCUUCUCCUUCCCUACUCGCUGGUCUGAUGAUUACACAACUCAAGCAGACUCUGGAGGCGUUUUGCUACUUUUUAGAACUCGGUCGCUACAGCAGAAUAUAUUAGUAACAAUAAUAAACUUGAAACACAUUUUUUCAGAACUUUGAAUAUUGUUUAGUUCUUGUGUGACUGAUAUAAUCUGAGCUUGACUGAAUCUGUCCUUAAUGAAAACACGUGACCUGUGUUUACCUUUCCUCUCGAAACAAAUAUAUGAAUAAGGAUAAUAAUUUUCUAUUUUUGGCUCUGGAAAGUUCCGAGUGAUUUUUUUGAAAGAUGGAUCUUUUGGGUGAAACCGUCCGGUAAACCAUAGGAAGUUGCAUAGUUGCUUACGAGACACAGUGAGGUAUUGUGCAUAAUAAAAGUGACCUGCAAGCCUCGCUGCCUGCCGUCCUGCUCUUACUUCUGGAGGCUACGUGACCACCGGCUAGGACUGGAUAAGUAGCAGCUCCAAGAAAUAAGGAGCUAAUCCCUCCUUUUUGUCCACCUGAAUCGCAACGGGCUAAUCCUUGGAUAUAACCUAAGGCCAGAAGAGGCAUUACCCGAAGUGCGCUUGACUCUCACUCACAGAGACGUGUCAUUAAGCCCGAGUGAAAUUUCGAGGUGAUGACUGGUUCAGCUCUGCAACAUGUGAGCCAAUGAGAGGCCCCGCAUAACAGCUCGCGAAGGGCGGUCGUAAAGAGAGUAAAAUUGAGGAUUCGGCCGACCUGGUGGGCGUGUCCCCCUGAGUGACGGUACUGUACGUGUGUGCGUGCGUGUACGUUGAGGAGCGUCAUUACUGACUCAACAAGUGGCAUCUUGCCUUCGUCACCGCCGGCCCUCGCGCGCUCCGCUCCACCGGCGCUUCCUCGGCAGUCGCAAGGGUCUGGCGCCGAUGCCCUCUCGCGGCGUCGAGGGCGAGUGAGAGCCCGACAGACAGACUAGUGGUUUACUCGAUACCUGAACUUGUGUUCUGAAAAAAGACUAACAUUCAGAAAUCCCUUUGAACUUCGCAAGUGCAUAAGUGUGCGUUGAGGGGCGCGGGCUCGCUUGAAAAGUGGUGGGAUCCGCGCGCCAGAGGUGGUAGCUGGCUUGGCUGAGGCCUUGGAAGCCAGCCCGCCACCACCUCCUCGCCACCGCCCGCCCGCCCGCCCGCCACCAUGACGUCGGAGAAGAGUUCCCAGCAGGCCGAGGAGUUGGUCGCCUCCACGCCCAACCAGCGCAACUGGCGGGGGAUUCUCAUUGCCCUGCUGGUCAUAGGAUGCGUCUGCGGCCUGAUCCUGUUUUCCGUGGUCCUCCUGACGCCGCCGGAUGCAGGACCCAGGUUCACGGGCAGGAGGUUCACCCUGGCAGACGUCCUAAGCGGCGGGUUCACUCCGCCAGGGUUCGACGGCAAGUGGAUAUCAAGUACAGAGAUAGUGUUCAGAGACGAGAGUGGCGGUGUCAGCCUUCUCAACGUUCUCACACUCACCAUCACUCCCCUCGUCUCAAACUUCACUUUUCGCCGCCUGACGGUCGAGGAGUUCGACGUCUCGCCUGACAAGAAGUACAUCCUCCUCAAGCAUGACGUUAUGCAGAGCCAGCGCUUCCGACAUGUGGCCAAGUACACGGUGCUUCAGAUGGACAACGAGCACGUGGAGUCCGUGACGCCGUUCCCCGCAGCGCAGGGCCACGCGGAGCUGGAGCACGUGGCGUGGGUCCCUGGCGCGGCGGCUUCCCUCGUCAUGGUGCACGAGAACGACCUGUACAUCAAGGAGUCUCCCAGUUCGGUCGAAGUGACGCUCACCACCAAAAUUCCCGCCAAAAGUCACCACCAAAAUUCCCGCCAAAAGUCACCACCAAAAUUCCCGCCAAAAGUCACCACCAAAAUUCCCGCCAAAAGUCACCACCAAAAUUCCCGCCAAAAGUCACCACCAAAAUUCCCGCCAAAAGUCACCACCAAAAUUCCCGCCAAAAGUCACCACCAAUUUUCCCGCCAAAAGUCAUGA